UAGAAGAUACCUGAUUGGCUUUGCUGGAGUGUGACGCUUCUGUUGGUUGCACGUUUGACUCUCAAGAAGCAUAUCCCACUAUGACUGGUUAGUCGGCAGCACGUGGUAUUCGCGGCUAGGUAGGUCCUGCACGUUGCUCGAUCAUUCCUCGAUUUCGACGCCGCUACAUUACGAGCCCGCAGGAAUCGCAGGAGACCCUUUGGCUGCGGUACUUUCGUUCACCGUCGGCCGUUGCUGAGGCUUCGCGAAUUUCGUAGCCCCCGGUCGUGCGGCCGUUUCGUAUACCCCGUGCCGUCGGCACCGCUUCCCGCUCGGGUUGUCUGCUCCCGCGCGUCAUCUGCCGCUCGGGCCUGCUCGCUGUCGCCCGCGCUGAUUAGCGGCCGCCCGUCUUAUCGCGCGCCUCGCAUCGUCGUCCGUUGUUGUCGACGCCGACGUGUCCAGCCGUCGAUCGGGCAGCGUGCGUCGAGCGGAAGACGCCGACGACCUUCCUCGCCUCGAAGCCCUUGCGACCGCGGCCCCUUACGCACGAAGGCGUCGAAUAUGCAGCGGUUACCCAGGAUUUCGGCGUCGUGCGCGCUAGGCCUGCUGGCCCGACGACGCGAGCUUGGCGAGGCGGCAGGCCGUCUGCUGCUGCGACGGGCCAAGUCGUCGACGCCGGCGCUCGAACGUCUGCUGCCGAUUCACGACGACUUCUGCAGCCGGCACCUGGGACCUAGGACUAAGGACCAGAAGGCGAUGCUGGACUACCUGGGACUCAAGAACAUCGCUGAGCUGAUCGACAAGACGGUCCCUUCCGGCAUCCGACUCAACAGGGAGAUGAAGAUAGACCCGCCUCUGCGCGAGGAGGAGCUCCUCGAGCGCGCCCGCGAGCUGGCCUCCCAGAACGCCAUGUGGCGCUCGUACAUCGGCAUGGGCUACUACGGCUGCCUGCCCCCGGCCACCAUAGUGCGCAACGUGUUUGAGAACCCCGGCUGGACGACGCAGUACACGCCGUACCAGGCCGAGAUCGCGCAGGGUCGCCUCGAGAACCUGCUCAACUACCAGACCAUGGUGGCCGACCUCACGGGCCUGGACCUGGCCAAUGCGUCGCUGCUCGACGAGGGCACCGCCGCCGCCGAGGCGAUGGGACUCUGCACCAGGUUCACCAAGAAGAAGACGAUGCUCAUCUCCGACAAAGUGCACCCGCAGACUCUCGCUGUGGUCCAGACGCGAGCAGACGCCCUGGAAAUCGACGUAGUGGUGUCGGACAUCGCGCAGAUGGACUUCUCCCGAGGCGACGUGUGUGGUGUCCUCUUCCAGUACCCGGACACCGAGGGAUCCAUUGAGAACUUCGAAGGCCUUAUCAAGGCCUGCCACGACGCCAAGGCGCUGGCAGUGUGCGCCACGGACCUGCUGGCGCUCACGGUGAUGCGUCCCCCGGGAGAGCUGGGCGCCGACAUCGCCAUCGGCACCAGCCAGCGCCUCGGGGUGCCGCUCAACUACGGCGGACCGCACGCCGGAUUCUUCGCCGUGCGCAGCUCGCUCACGAGGCUCAUGCCCGGCAGGGUUGUCGGCGUCACCAGGGACGCGACCGGCGGCCGCGCCUACCGGCUGGCGCUGCAGACGCGCGAGCAGCACAUCCGCCGAGACAAGGCCACCAGCAACAUCUGCACGGCGCAGGCGCUGCUCGCCAACAUGUCCGCCCUGUACGCCAUCUAUCACGGACCACAGGGACUGCGCGACAUCGCCACCAGGGUGCACAACGCCACGCUGCUUCUCGCCAGAGGAGCCGCAAGCGCUGGCCAUCACUUGGUCCACCCGAGGUUUUUCGACACCCUCAAGAUAAAGCCGGCGAACUCCCAAGAGGCUGUCAAGAAACGAGCGACUGAGAAAGAAGUCAAUCUCCGGUAUUUCGUCGAUGGCACGGUUGGCGUUUCGUUGGACGAAACCGUGACAGAGAAGGACCUGGACGACCUCCUCUGGAUCUUCGAGAGUAAAAAGACGGCGGCGCAACUGGCCAGCGACGUGCCCGAGCAGCCCACCGACAGCCUGCUGUUCAGCGAGCACAAGAGGACCUCCCAAUUUCUCACGCAUCCUGUCUUCAACACGUACCACUCCGAGACGCAGAUCGUGCGGUUCAUGAAGCAGCUCGAGAACAAGGACAUCUCGCUCGUGCACUCCAUGAUACCUCUGGGUUCUUGCACCAUGAAACUCAACAGCACCGUAGAAAUGAUGCCGUGCUCUAUGCCGGAGUUCGCCAACAUCCACCCGUUCGUGCCGCUGGAACAGGCCAGGGGCUACCUCCGGCUGUUCGAGGAGCUCGAGCAGGACCUGUGCGAAAUAACGGGCUACGACAAGGUGUCCCUGCAGCCCAACAGCGGUGCGCAGGGCGAGUACGCCGGCCUGAGGGCGAUCUCAUCGUACUUCUCCUCUAAAGGAGAGAAGCACAGGAAGGUUUGCCUGAUCCCGAUGUCUGCGCACGGCACGAACCCGGCGAGCGCUCACAUGGCCGGCAUGUCCGUCGACCCGGUGAACAUCAAGAAGGACGGCAGCGUGGACGUAGCACAUCUCAAGGCCAAGCUGGACCAACACGGAGAAAAGGUGGCCUGCAUCAUGAUCACAUACCCGUCCACAAACGGAAUCUACGAGGAGACAAUCUGCGACGUGUGCGACCUGGUGCACGCGACCGGUGCCCAGGUGUACCUGGACGGUGCCAACAUGAACGCCCAGGUGGGCAUCUGCAGACCGGGCGACUACGGCUCGGACGUGUCCCACCUGAACCUGCACAAGACCUUCUGCAUACCCCACGGCGGUGGAGGACCCGGCAUGGGGCCCAUCGGAGUGAAGGCCCACCUGGCGCCGUUCCUGCCCUCGCACCCGGUGGUGGACCCGUGGUCCCUGGGCGGCGGCGGCCAGAGCUCGUUCGGCGUCGUGUGCGCCGCCCCGUGGGGCUCGUCGGCCAUCCUGCCCAUCUCGUGGGCCUACAUCAAGAUGAUGGGCUCGCAGGGGCUGCGGCGGGCCACCGAAGUGGCCAUGCUCAACGCGAACUACAUGCGCAAGCGGCUCGAGGACCACUACAAGGUGCUCUACCUCGGAAAGAACGGCUUCGUGGCGCACGAGUUCAUCCUGGACAUGCGGGACUUCAAGAAGACCACCGGCGUCGAGGCCAUGGACAUCGCCAAGAGGCUGCAGGACUACGGUUUCCACGCCCCGACGGUGUCGUUUCCCGUCAGCGGAUGCCUGAUGGUGGAACCCACGGAGUCGGAAGACAAGCAGGAGCUCGACCGGUUCUGCGACGCCAUGAUCUCAAUUAGGCAAGAAAUCCAGGACAUCGAGAACGGCAAGUUUGACAUGAAGGCCAACCCACUCAAGAUGGCGCCACAUCCCCAGAAGGUGGUCAUCAGCUCGAAGUGGGACCUUCCCUACACCAGGGAACAGGCGGCAUUUCCGGCGAAGUUCGUGACGCCGGAGACGAAAAUAUGGCCGACUGUGGGUCGCAUCGACGACAUCUACGGGGACACCAACCUCAUGUGCAGCUGCCCGCCCAUGGAGACGUACGAGGCGCUCUAGACGUCCAACGAGCUCGCGUCUUCAACUCGGUGUCGUACGCGACCCGUCCGGGACGUCAUCCUUGACCGGAAGUGGUGCGCUUGCGUCGCCUGGUGCGAGCCGGAGACUCGUGCCUGGGUGGCGGUUGGCCCCGCAAGGCAUCCCGGCAGCGAACUUGCGUCCAAAGUGGUUCUCGGAACAGUGUGGUGCUCGCGGGCCGUUGACGUUGCGGGUUCGAGCAGCGAGCUUACGGACCUGACGGGCGUUUGUCUCCGUGCACUCCCUGAGAAAAACGGACGUCAUUCUGUUUUUUUUUUGUUUCUUUUGUGUACAGUGGCUUUUUGCUCUCAAACGGGAAGAAGGCGCGCUUGAUCGCGCCUUCUAGGUUGACUCUGCACCACGCCUCUCGACAUGUUGUUCCGGACGCUGUGCAAAUUUUCCACUAUUGUCGAAUGCCGCUCUGGACCAAUCGUAUAGACGACGUAGCUGCCCCCGCAAGCCAAUCGGAGCACGCAAGAUGGCGAAUUUGACGAUGCGGCGUGAUAUGACGGUGUCUGUAACAGUGCCUCCGUACGUUCCGAAUUUGUUCACUUGCCUAUUGACAAGAAGUAAGGCGUCGCGUUAGAGGAUAUCGCGAACAGACCUCAACUAACAUUACGAAAACGCUCUGCAAGGCGUAGCGCACAAUCAGUAAGGCAUUUGUUGAAGGGUUGUCAUCUAGUUGCAAGUAGCGUCUGUUUCACGUCGCCAUCUUGACUGCGAAGGGUGGCAGUUUGGCCUAGUCGGUACACCAUAGUCUAACAAGAGUGAAAAACUCAAAAGAAGACAGGUUGACAAGAAAGUGCUUGUCCUUGUUCCUUGUCGUCCUGCGUUCCUUUGCGCUUUUACUUCUGGUUGCGAGUUGCUGAGAAACCUUGCACGUCGUUCGAACUACGACUCGCGCCCUGUCUAAUCUCUGCACCCGCGUGAAACGUUCGACGAGCUGCAACGCGUCAUUCGUGCGCCGAUUAACGACUGUUGGUUUUUGCGCACAGCACGUGAUGCAACUUGCUUGCACGAUUCAUUAACGACAUAUAGCAUGCUUUGUAGCUUCCUUAUGGCUUACAAAUUGACGCUGAGUUACGUGUUCGCGUAAGCGGCAUUAAAAAAAAAGUAUAAGGCACCCUUUCUUAAUGCACUAACACCUCAAUUCGUUGUUUUCCCGUCUUCCACCUGUCACUAUUCCGGUCGCUUUCCAUUCUUUCACUGUGCUUCAGCGUUGACAAGCUAUACAUUAGGCCUCCUGUCAUGGUGUGAUGCCGCAAGGACUUCAUCGCUGUUACCAGAAUGUUUUCUACGACUCUGUCCACGAUGCUUCCUGAUAUACAAAACUGCAUUCCUGAGUGAUGCGUCUUUUGCUGUGAGCGACGUGCAAGGUGAUUAUCAAAUAGCCGUUGUUUCGUUUUGGCGUGAACGGAGUUCAUUAGGCCAGCAGGCGGAAUCAAGUCAGUCCGCCCAUUACUCUCUCCCGACUGUUGUUCUUCGACAGGUUUCCAUGCCGCCAUGUGCGCAUACUUUGUAAAUUAUAUUGUUUACUGUAAAGGAAGUUUCCUAAAGGACGUCACAGAUGUG